AUGGUGUGCUUCAUCAUCACAUUGACGGCAUUGGUACUAGAAAACUUUUGUUUCGCCGCCAAGGUUGAGUUUCCAGCCAUUGGUUUGAAACUCAACAGCGAUUUGGCGAAUGUACAAGUAACCAGAGGACCACCUAGUGGAACAGAAGCUGGGAAAACCUUCCGCGAGUUUUGGGGCAGUAAGGCUGAAUUGCGCCGGAUUUACGGUGACCUUGAGGAGUGUGUCGUAUGGUCCCCGGAAUCUGACGUUGUUAAACAGAUUGUCGACUAUGUUCUUCAGACUCGCUUUCAGCUGGUUCGUGGCUCCUUCAACAAUUGGGCUUGGAAUCAACUCAGUUCAGAUCGCUUGAACGCCCUCGUGACUGCGCACCCAACCCUUCUUGGUAAUCCGUAUCCCACGACUUCUUCUCUACGCCUUAUUCGUUCCAUGGACAGAUUACGCGGAUUAUUGCGAGGCCUGAACGACAAACUCCCGUUGAAUGUGACUGGAAUACUACCCAUUUCAGCUGCGUUUCGUGAUACGGAAGUGUUUGCACCAGGACUCUGCAUUCCGUCCACAUCUGCUGUGGCAGCAUAUAGGCGCAAGCGUAAAGCCGACGGUGAGCAAGAAAGAGUGGAACUGAUGAAGAUCACCUCGCCGAUUUUCCCCCUAUAUGUUAUCAUUACUUUGGAACAGUCAGGCAAAUGGCCGGACGAGUUGACUGUUUUCACUCGUAUGAAGCAACUUUUGGUGAUCCGAAUUCAUGAACUGCUUUCGCCUAUCGGAAUUCCCUCUCACGUGACCAAAGAGAAUAUGCUGGAUAUUUUCCUGGACGGAAUCGUGUUUCGUGUCUCUAUCGCCCAACCACGUGAACUUCGUCUGUUGCAACAAAUUGGUGAGCAGUCCAAAGAACCCGACCACAGCCUACCCAGUGCGGCGGACACCGUAAAGUCACCAGUGCAGACACCUAGCUCGUUGGCUUGGAUCCGAUUAAACCAAAGCAUGCCUACGAUCGCUGGUUUGCUUGCCGGUAUUUCGCGAAGUAGAACCAACGUGUUCCCGACUGCUUGUCGGUUAGCCAAACGUUGGUUGUCCGCACACGGGUUUCCUGUCAUCACAUGCCCGUUUGAGGCUGAAUUUGAUGGAGUUCGUCAUCUGGUCUACGACAGGGCCUACAAGACUAAGGAAGAGAGUGGUGUAGCUAAACUGGCCGAUAAGAGGGAUGAGCAGAAUCUGUGGGAUUCCGGCGCCCGAAUGGCUGAAAUAGCUGUAGAACUUCUGGUCGUAUACGCCGGUGGCUUCUGCGACCCGAUUUCUACCGACUCUGCGGUGCAGCAUCCAUCCAAUCGAAUCAGUGCCACUGGAUCACCUGUGACCGCAUUUUUGCGCUUUUUAAAACUUCUCGUUACUCAUGACUGGGAAAACCAACCGAUUUUGGUGGAUCUAAACGAAGGCUUCUCAGAUUUGACAAAGCGGCGUCAGGCACUUGCAUCAAUGGACGGCAACCGGGCUGUUCUUCCUGCAAUGGUUAUAUGCACUCCCGCCGAUCCUACAGGGACUGAGUGGACCACGAUCGGCCCUACAAGAGCAGGUUUGAAAGAACUUCAAAGGUUGGCGCUUCAGAGCAGAGCAUUACUUCGUGCUAUGCUUGUGGCUGGUGCGCAGAUCAAGGAUUUGAAGACAGUUUUCAAGCCAACGCACAACGAUUUGAAUAUCUUGAUCACUGUCAAAUCAGACACACUUCAUGUGCGUGCUGCAGAAGCCAUAGACUUCGUGAGACCGAACACUUGGAAAACGGACGAACGUGAACCUAGCAAACUUGACUCGUUACCCGAUGAGAUUCCACCCCCGGGCGGACGUUUCUGGCCGUUGGGAUAUUGCUACGAUCCUGUUGCCUAUCUCGUUCAUCUCUUGAAAUGCCGUCUUGGUAAAUAUUGUGAAAUCCGGUGGGAUCGCCAUGGCGGGAACUGGAUCGGAUUGAAGUGGCGUUCAACUGUCAUGGGAAAAUGUCCCUUUGGACAGCACUCACUUGACGGCCUAGUGACUCAUGAAGAAUCCGAGACUGAGAUGGCUCAGAUGGUUCUGACCCACAGGUUGCAGUCCGUCGCUGAUCUAUUGACUAGUUGGGCUCCAUCCUUCAUCGAGUCGGUUCAAAUAAUCCCUCAUCGGACACCGUCCUCGAAGUGCUCAGAAAAUGCAGCAAAUCCAACGAACGAUGGUCUGCGAAAGAGAAAGAGAUCACAACAUUUGGCUUUAAACAUGACUUUAGCCCAGUUUCUGAUUAGUGGAUAUUUCGAAAAAGAUCUUUUCAGCUACUGUGCCACUCGUUUGAUGGAUUAUUCGUGCACUUAUUGGCUUGAUCCUAGCGUGGACAGAAUUACACAUACGGUCGAUGUAUAUCAGGUGACAUCGAACGGAAUCACAGGCCACACUUCCGCCCCCGAAGGGGAAUGGACCAGAUACCCCAGUCAUUUCGUGAGUCAAGCACCGGACGAAAAUCCUGAGGAUCUCACCUUGGUCCGACGUUUGUCAGAAGGCGACCCGAUUCACGGGACGUUUCUAGGUCCAGUCCGACUUCGUCAGUCACACAAACUGGCCAACAUUUCUACGGUAUACCUGUUUGAAUAUCACCGGCUGCCUUUAAAUACUGCGGCCAAGAUCAUCAUUCCGUUCUUGCUUCUCGUGGCCUGUAUUUCCAACCUAUUCAUUCUGCGGGUCAGUUACAAACUGUCAUUCCGAAAAUUACCAAUAGCAAUAUACUUUGUGUACCUAUCAAUUUUCGAUCAGCUGGAUUUACUGGCCCGUGGCACAGACUAUUUAGUUGAAGCCUAUGGAGGCAUCCGCCUUUUCACAGCAAUGCAGUUUGUGAGUAGAUCUUCAUGCCAACUCUUGUCUAUGACUCAUAGUGCGGUGCGACAUCUUCAAUCAGCCUUGCUAAUCGGCUUGUCUAUAGAUCUAUGUCGAUGGUCAGCGAAGCCAGUUCGAUUUUGGAUACGUUUUCGUUCUGAAUGGACACAGAAUGUUGCCUUGUUGGCUGCCAUUCUCGCAAUUAUCCUUGAUAGUCAGUUUCUCUGGACGUUCGACCUGUCCCCAUCGGAUAUUACUCAGUUGCAUGGAAGGCCGGUGCAAAACAUUUAUCAGUGUGGAUAUUCCCAAACCUCCACACUUAGUCCCCUUUUUCUGUAUUAUGUGUGGCCGAUUAUGGAUCAUUUAUGGGGCGAUGUACUCCCAUGUUUGACCUGCACCAUUGCUGGUAUCUUCAGUUUGAUUUGUUCGGACGUGAGGCAGCAGAACCUGAAAAAAGCCAAAGCAGUGACGCAAUACUGGGCCAGCAGAAUCCAACAGAAUGAUCGGGACCAGAUGACACAAGUACGUUGUUCUGUGGCCACUCGAUGGAUAAACCUGGAUUUAAUCACUGAAACAAUACGGGCGUAUGCGAUGGUGGUGUUGACAACCGGCAUUUUCAUUCUACCAAGAUGUUUCUACUACCUCAUAAAGUAUGCGUUAUUUUCGAAUGACCGUCUUUACAAGGCACCGAAUAUACGAAAUGAGCUGAGCGCGGAUGAAUCGGAAUUCCACGGACAAAACGCAUUCAUUACCAGAAACCAAGCAUCCCACCUACAAAAAUACGAAUCGUCCCUGGAAGCAAUCGAGUUUAUGCUCCGUUGUCUUGGGGCCGUCAACACCAUCGUCUGCACCAUCAUUCUCUCACACACCAUGACACCGUUUCGGCGGGAGCUGCUUGCAUACAGAGGGAAAAUCACUUCUCUUUUACGUCGAGCUGCUCCAUUAAAUCAGGGGAACAGGUCUUCCGGCACACAGAGACUUCACUUGAUCAACAAUGAAAGAACAACAAUUAAGUCUGAGAACAAGACCAAAGUUACUGAUUCGGUAGCUGAGCCCGCUUAUUGUAAAAAACACCGUAGUCGGGGUCGAGAGUACAGAGACGUCAAAGUUCGAAGUGAACAGAAUCAAAUCACUAAGUUGAACAACACCACACGUCCAAAUCCACGGAACCUAGACAAGACGCAGAAACAUUCAUCGAAAGUUGAACCAAACUUUAGUGUAGAUUCAACACAGCCGGACAAGACUUUUUUCACUUCCUCACCCAGAAACAAGUCCCAUAAACUAUAUUCCUUAUAG